AUGGACUCCUAUUACAUACAAAUGGAGUUGUGUUCAGAGAGUCUGCGGAAUAUUCUUAAACACAAACCCAAAGAAUUUGAUCGACAAUCAGGAGAAUCAAUGAAUUGUUACGAGUAUUUCAUUUCGUGUGAAAUAUUCCGAGAGAUCUUAGAAUGUGUUCAGUAUUUGCAUGAAUUGAAUCCACAGAUCAUUCACAGAGACCUCAAACCCCACAAUAUAUUGAUUGAUAGGAACGGACGGAACGGAAGAUUUGUUAAAUUAUGUGGCUUUGGUUUGGCUACAGUUCACGACAAAAGUAAACAUACGGCAGAUGUGGGAACAAUUGGGUUUAUUGCCCCAGAAGUGGUAGAGGUUUACAACCGUAUUCGUCAAAUAUCACUAGUUUGAAUGAGCCUGUAUCAAUUUUACAAAAAUUACUACUUUUAAUGCAAACCACACCUCAAUGGCCUAAACGUCCGGAAUGUAGUGAAGUGUUAGCGAAAUAUAACGAGUGGUCUAUCGAUAAGAAUAUUCUCGCAAAUGAUCCCACUUUUGAGUCAACAUAUAGUAGACAUCAUUUAAAUCCGGAUUCAUUUUAUGAUAAAUAUUUUCAAAGUUUAAGACAA